UCGAGUAAGUCGGUCUAACCAGUCAUCAUCGGCCUAUUCGAUCCGUAAGUAUACAGUGUCAUAAAUACAAAAUUUCGGUUACUCAAGAAAAAAAAUGUCUUCGUCUAUGACAUCGUGUUCCAAGUGUCAAAUUAAUUUUAGCUGUGUACGUGCUUUGGCAUGCCACCAGUUGCUUUUCCAUUGCAUCCCAUGUAUGCAAUGUUUGAAUGUAUUCGAGUCGGAUUAUGAAGUUGAGUCGCAUGUGUGCCUCGAUCAAACAUCACAUCAGCAUGUAGGCGAACAAGUUUUGACAACCAAACCAAAUCCUUGUGAAGGGCCACAAAAUGAAAUGGACGAUUUCGAUGGGACUACAUUUAAUGAAGUUCCAAGCACUGAAGCGGAUUGUGAACUUGAGUCGCAUAUGGACCUAAACCCACCGUUAACCAAACAUCAAAAUGUACAGGAGUAUGUUGAUGAACAAAUUUUGACAAUUGAACCAAAUCCUUGUCAAGAGUCACAAAUCAAAAGUGAUGAUUUCCAUCAGACUUCAUUUAUCCAAGUUCCUAGAACUGAAAUCAGUUGUGAUCAAGAACAAAAUGAGCACCAUAAAACAGUUCAGAAAAAGUUUUGCAAAGAAAGAAAGGACCACAAGUGCAAUGUAUGUCAGAAAACAUUCACACAUCAAAGCCAUUUGAAGACACACGUGAAAACAGUUCAUGACAAACAAAGGGACUUCGAGUGCGGCGUGUGUCAAAAAACAUUUUCGAGAAAGACCUAUGUAAAGAUACAUAAAAAAUUGAUUCACGAUAAACAAAAGGACUACGAGUGCGACGUGUGUCAGAAAACAUUUUCACGGCAAGGCCAUUUGAAGACACACGUAAAAACAGUUCAUGAAAAACGAAGGGACAACGAGUGCGACGUGUGUCAAAAAACAUUUGCAAAGCAAAGCUGUUUGAAGAGACACGUAAAAGCAGUUCAUGAAGGACGAAGGGAUUACGAGUGCGACGUGUGUCAGAAAACAUUUUCACUAAAAAGCAAUUUGAAAAGUCACAUAAAAGCAGUUCAUGAUAAACAAAAGGACCACAAGUGUGAUGUGUGUCAGAAAAGUUUUGCAUUGAAGGCUUCUUUGAAAAAACACAUAAAAGGAGUUCAUGAUAAACAAAAGGACUACGAGUGCGACGUGUGCCAUAGAUUAUUUACACAGAUAAGCAACUUCAAGCAACACAAGAACGAAAUUCAUGAAGGACGAAAGGACUUCGAGUGCAAAUUGUGACAUAAAACAUUUUCACGGAAGAACUCUUUAAAACAACAUAUAAAAACAAUGCACGAUAUACAAAAGGCCUAAGACUGUAAGAUUUGACACAAAACAUUUAUACAAAAGAACUACUUGACAAAACACCAAAAAAAAGUUCACAAGAAGCAAUAAGACUUCGAUUACAACGUGGACAAAUAAAUAUUUUCAUAGGAGGGCGUUUGCACCGUUUGCUAUCAAAGACUUCAACAACAGAAUUAUGGUAGAAUACUUAUCAAGUUAACUCGUAAAGGGCGAAAAGACUACGUAUGCAUUUUAUUUCUGAAAACAUCGUCACGUUAGGUCCGUUUUUACUAACGAUGAAAAUAUAUUUAUCCAGCGUAUAUAUGAAAGCGUUUGGAAGGAAACACCAAAUAUUUAUUCAUUAGGACAUGAAGAAAUGUUAACAACUGCACACCAGUCAGAACCCGCAUUAGGAUUUUUAUGUUAUAUUUAGAAUACUAUAGGGAGUGUAUUCUCUAUAAAAAAAAAAUUAAAUAAUUAUCAAUUCAUUUUUAUUCAAGUACGAAAUAAUUCUGUCUGUCUGUUGUAAAUUUAUAUAGAUUAUGCUGACCUUACUACUAUUUGUAAAUAUUGUCAACAAAUGUAUUAUAGUUACAAUACAAUUAAUUUCGAAUUACGCUUGAAACGUUUUCACUUAAAACGUUUUAUACUAAAUGCAUCAAAUAUAUUCUGACAACUAUUCAGUAUCACUAAAA